GCUCCAUAGAUGCUGCUGCACCCGCUGAGAUUCUCCAGCAAUUCCCCAGCAUCUGCAGUUCCUUCUUAAACACAAGGGAGAUCUAUGUUGGGUUUAGUUCAUUCCAUGUUAUAUUGAGCAGCUUACAUCAAUUAAAACAAAUUAUCAUCGUGAUAGUGGGUGGCAAAAUAACAGUAGAUAUCACAUGCUAUUUGUCAACGUGUGGUAGCUUGUACUGAAGUUGCAGCAUACAGUGUCAUUUGCUGUGAUAAUAGUCCAUCUACAGGUAAAAUACAACGUGCACUUUACAGCUUAACCUUAGAUGAACUAUUAUAAUAAAUUACACGACGUUGCAAAUUCAACACAAGCUACAGCAGGCUGACACCUCGUACUUUGUGUUUUGCUCAAGAUUCCAGCAACUGGACUUCCUUGUAUCUGCAUCGCAAGGUUUUGGGCUUGACUGCAGAUAUUUACAAGAAACCACUGCAGAAAUAAAUCCAUCCCCAUUUCCCAGGAUGUCAGUAAACUUGGAAAAUACCGGAAGUAUUAAAGGAGAACUUCACACUGAUUCAAAGAAAAAUGAAAAACCUGAAAGGCCGUGCCUACAAGUCGACGAACAAGGAGGCUCUGAUUUUUUUAAGGAUUUGAUACUGGCUUCCCAGACAGUGUUAGAAACAGUCCAACAAAAGGGGCGAUCAAAAUGUCCAAAGUGCCAGAGUUCGAGGAUGUUUUAUUGUUAUUCAUGUUUCCUUCUGGUUGAUGGUGUCAACUCUGAUAAAAUACCUCAGGUUAAGCUCCCUCUGAAGAUUGAUAUUAUCAAACAUCCCAAUGAGACUGAUGGCAAGAGUACUGCUGUACAUGCAAAACUGUUGGCCCAAGAUGAUGUUAAUAUUUACACAUAUCCAUGCAUGCCGGAGUACAAGGAUAUAAGCAAUGAAGUUGCAGUGGUGUUCCCUGGUCCAAAGUCUAUUGCUCUUGAUGAUCUUCCAAAGUACUUAUCGACCAUUGCUGGCAAGAAACCUCAACCAACAAAAUCUUCCAAAAAUGCCCUCAGUCAUGAGAACAUUACAUGCGAAGGUCCAGAAAUUAAACGUGCAAAAUACGACCAUAAACAUCAACAGAGUUUGGAUGAAGAGAAUCCAGUAAAAGAGCAGAAUGUUGGAGAGAUGGAGACACAUCCGACCCCAUUAAAACGAGUGAUAUUUAUAGAUAGUACAUGGAAUCAAACAAACAAAAUAAUCACUGAUGAACGUCUACAAGAAUUGCUUCACGUUGAGCUAAGAUCACAAAAGACACAUUUUUGGCGAAAGCAGAAAGGAAAACCAGACACUUAUCUUGCUACAAUCGAGGCCAUUUACUAUUUUCUAGCUGAUUAUCACAGACUGUUUUUAAAAGAGAACUACAAUGGGGAAUAUGACAAUCUACUUUUUUUCUAUUCGUUUAUGCACAAAUUAAUCAACAAAGCUAAAGAUGCAGCUGGCAAACUAAACUAAGGAAUUAUCGGGAAAGUAGUGAUCUUUCUUGUCAAUUGACAUUUCAGAGAAUUUAUAGAUUCCAUUUUCAAGCAUUUCAUAGCAAUUUUUAGAACCAACAGUCGGUUGAAAUGUAUUUCUCUGAAUAUUAAAUUGUAAAUUCAUUAUUUUAAUUUUUGUUUGUGUAGGGUGAUGAAAAAAUGAGUUAAAAUAGUCACUCAGUCAUGGCUUUUCAUGGGAUACAUGAUCCCAUAUUUUCAAUGUAUUUUCUGUAGCAGCAGCAGCAGCAGCAGCAGGUAAUAUGAAAUAUAGGUCCACCACAGAUUUUCCACCAACUGGUGGUCCUGCAGCUUCUUCAAUCCCGACUUAAAAUCCUCCCCGGAAAUUGGUGGUGGACCUAUAGCAGCCAUCUCCUGAGGAGCUCUUUCAUUCGUACUGCAGUAAAGCAAAGCAACCAUG